UGUAAAAAGGUGGGCUUCUAUUACUUCCCUUGCUUCCCAAUGUGCGCCCUCAUCUCAGUUCCCUCCCCAUUGCUCAUCACUCUCCUGCUUCUUUAACCUGUCGUCACCUCCCUCGACAGACUAAAGAGCCAUUGCCACAGCAUUCAUCACCAUGUCGUCCUCGUCCAGAAACCAGUCCCCAUACAGCAGCUGCGAGAGCAGCCCCUCGUUGAGUGGUGCCGACUCAGGUUAUGCCAGCGUCCAGAACAGUGAAAUCAGCAUGCCUGAGGUGUACUUCACCAAACCUCAUCUCCAGUUCCUUAACCGCCAACUUCAGUUCCUCGAGCCGCAAGACAUCCUGCGAUGGUGCAUUACCACCCUGCCCCACCUCUUCCAGACAACCGCCUUUGGCCUUACCGGGCUGGUUCAGUUGGACAUGCUCUCCAAGUUGAAGAUCCCCCGGCCACAGAUGGUUGACCUUGUCUUCAUCGACACCCUGCACCACUUCGGUGAGACCAUGGAGUUGUUGGAUCGUGUACGGUCAAGAUAUCCUCUGGUCAACAUUCAUGUCUAUAAGCCACAAGGUGUGGAGACAGCCCAGCAGUUCGCUAAGAAAUACGGUGAUAAACUGUGGGAGACGGACGACAAUCGAUACGAUUACUUGGUCAAGGUCGAGCCGGCGCAACGAGCCUACCGUGAGUUGCAAGCAUGCGCCGUUCUUACGGGCAGACGGAGAAGCCAGGGAGGCAAGAGAGGCGACCUGGACAUCAUCGAGAUCGACGAGGCUGGCUUGAUCAAGAUCAACCCCAUGGCCAACUGGUCAUUCGAGCAGAUCCAGCAAUAUGUCAAGGAAAACGACGUACCAUACAACGCUCUGCUUGACCGAGGAUACAAGAGCGUCGGCGACUGGCACUCGACCAGCCCUGUGAAAGAGGGUGAGGAUGAACGUGCCGGUCGUUGGAAGGGCCAGAAGAAGACCGAGUGUGGCAUUCAUAAUCCUCGUUCCAAGUACGCACAAUUCCUCUUUGAACAAGAGAAGAAGAGAGAACGGGAAGCCCUUGACCAAGCUUUGCAGCAGGUAACACUCGAAGCAUGAUCUGUACGACAUUGAGGAUUUGGUCUUUUUCAGCAUAGCGUUGGCGUUUCCAUUAUUCAGCAUUAGCGAUGGCCCACGAUCAAGGUUCUGCAUGAGGGGAAUCUGUAUGACAUGAAAAGCAUGAUAUCGGCCACAACAUUUAUUACAUGGAAGGGGGCUAGAUGAGCAUCUCAAGAUGGUAUAUACACAAAAGCGCAGCGGUCGCCUACUUUGAUGCAGUUCAAGUGUUUGACUUGUUAUGCCUA